GCUGACCAGGAUGGCGGGGAUGAAGGAGCAGCAGUUCACGGAGGAGAAGCCCCUGCUGCCGGAGCAGAGAGGAGCGGACUCAGACAUGACACAGCAGGAUAAAGGGGAUGAGGCCUCGGGGGGGCUCCCCUGUCCCGCCAGCCCCACGCAUCUUAACCACCCCUCUCCCCCCAGCCGCCCCGCUCAACGCUGGCAUGUCAUCGCACGGCACUGGCUCCGCCAGACCCGCUGUCGGACCAGCGGGGUCAUCCCGGAAAGCUGUGAACAGCUGAUGCCUGCAGGAGACUGGAAGGAACAUGAUGUUGAGACUCCUUAUGGGAUGCUGCAUGUGGUGAUCCGCGGGGCGCCCAAAGGGAACAAGCCUGCGAUCCUCACCUACCACGAUGUGGGACUGAACCACAAACUGUGCUUCAACACCUUCUUCAAUAACGAGGACAUGCAGGAGAUCACCAAGCACUUUGUGGUCUGUCACGUCGACGCCCCGGGACAGCAGGUCGGAGCGUCUCAGCUGCCACAGGGGUACCAGUAUCCCACCAUGGACCAGUUGGCCGGGAUGUUGCCGACUGUGGUGCAGCACUUUGGAUUCAAGAGCAUCGUUGGGAUCGGAGUGGGAGCCGGAGCUUACGUUCUGGCCAAGUUCGCUCUGAUCUUCCCCGACCUGGUGGAGGGUUUGGUUCUGCUCAACAUCGACCCCAAUGGCAAAGGAUGGAUUGACUGGGCCGCCACCAAGCUGUCAGGUCUGACCAGCACGCUGCCAGAUGUUGUGCUGCCACAUCUCUUCAGUCAGGAGGAGCUGAUGAACAACACAGAGCUGGUGCAGAGCUACCGACAACAGAUCAACAACACCGUCAACUUGUUCAACCUGCAGCUGUUCUGGAACAUGUACAAC